AUGACUGAUUCAGAAACAGAAGAUUACAUGUCAUCAAAAUAUUUAGAGCAAUCAACAUCAAACAAAAACAAAAAAGCAACAAAAACAUACUCGGAACGUCGCCGUGAAAAACUUUUAUCUAAUCAUGGAUAUAUUAAGCCUAGACAAGAGCUUGAAAAAGAAAGUCGUGAAAAAGGACUUUCCAAAAGGAUCGACGAGGAGGAUAACAUUGAAUCGCCUGGGUUGAAAAUAUUAAAAAAAUGGGGAUAUAAAAAGGGGAUGGCAUUGGGUGAAAGUUCUAAAAAUGAGGGCAUAACGGAACCUUUGGGCAUUGAAUUAAAACAAGAUAGACUUGGUUUAGGAAUGUCUACAGAGCUUAAACAAAAGGCCAAGGUGGAAUAUGAAAGAAAAUCAAAGAAAAUCAAAGUGGAUGAAGACACGUUUCGUGAACGAAUUAGACAAGAACAUCUUGAUAAACGUAUACGAGCACAAUUAAAAGCUUUACAAAAAAUAUGUGAAACUUUGGAUACAAGAAAGGGAAUUGAGCCCUCUGAAAAGCUUGAUAUAAUAUUGAAAUAUUUACGUGAAGAAUAUUAUUAUUGUUUUUGGUGUGGAUGCAAUUAUGAUAAUGCUGAGGAAUUAAGUAAAGAGUGUCCUGGAGUCGAAGAAGAUGAUCACGAUUAA